AUGGAUUUGGUGGAUGAUGGUCAAAGACUAUACGGGAUCCUAGAUUGCAGAAACGGGAAGCUCAUCAUUAAGAAUGAGAAGGUGGUCAUCUACGAAAACCCUGUGGUGGGGAAGCAAGGAAUAAUUGAUGGAAUAGUGGAAGAGCGAGAGUGGAUCCCAAACUUCCAUUCUAGAGAUGUUCUUCUCUCGUGUUGGUGGAAUAGGAUGAAAUUAAAGGAGAAGCCGCUUAAGAGACAAGAUGCCGGAAGCGGUUUCCACUACGAAAACAUCCGAACAACACACGAUUAUCCUAACCCAUGCCGUGCUGGAGAGCUAUCAUUGUCUUGUAAUUCCUCAGCCUACUCCUCCCCACUACGAGCUCCUCCGCCACCUCCAGCAAUUCUUAGAUGGAAGGAAGUGCAGGAAAGCUGGGGAGGAUGUAACAGAAAUGCUCAACAUCUUCAGGACCUAUUCCUAGACCUUCUGGAUGAAGUGAAUCAACAAGUUCCCCGAGCGUUGGAGUUGAUCAGGGAACGCGUCUAG